GCAAACAGGUGUUCAGAAUGAGAAAAGUCUACAGGUUAGAGAUCACAGAGGCCUUGUUAAAGGAAAGAGAUAAACAAGCAAAAUGGAAUGGGAUUCCCUUACUGUUGCAAAAGCUGUACGAACACAGUCACCCAAACAGCGACUUCUCCCAGUGCCAAAGCAUCUUAAAGGAAAUUUCUCCACUUCUUUCAAUGGAAGCCAUGGCAUUUGUUACAGAAGACAGAAAAGCUGCUCAAGAGUCCACUUUCCCAAAUACAUACACAUUUGACUUAUUUGGAGGAGUCGAUCUUUUAGUAGAAAUUCUCAUGAGACCAACUCUUAUUACACAGAAAAAGAAGCAGAAAAUAAGCGAUGACCUCAUCAAGGACUGUUUAAGCAUACUGUACAACACCUGUAUAUGUACGGAAGGAGUCACCAGGCGAUUGGCAGAAAGAAAUGACUUUGUGUUGUUCCUGUUUACACUGAUGACAAACAAAAAGACAUUCCUACAGACUGCGACGCUCAUUGAAGAUAUCCUGGGAGUUAAAAAGGAAAUGAUACAACUGGAUGAUAUUCCCAAUCUGGCCAGCCUUGUGUCCAGUUUUGACCAGCAGCAGCUCGCCAACUUCUGCAGGAUCCUUGCUGUCACAAUUUCGGAACUUGACACAGGGAGCGAUGACAAGCACACGCUUCUUGCCAAAAAUGCCCAGCAGAAAAAAAACUUGGGUCCUUCUCGAGCUGAAAUUAAUCAAGCUACACUUUUGAAUAUUCCAGGCUUCAUUGAGCGAUUGUGCAAACUGGCGACAAGGAAGGUGUCUGAAACCACGGGUACUUCCAGCUUCCUGCAGGAGCUGGAGGAAUGGUACACCUGGCUGGACAACGCACUGGUACUCGAUGCGCUGAUGAGAGUGGCUAACGAAGAGGCAGAGCAGAGCAGUACAGAGUCUUCGGAUGAAAGUGGUUUGGCCAACACCUCGACACGAACCCAGCUUCCCCAGUCCAUGAAGAUCAUGCACGAGAUCAUGUAUAAGCUGGAGGUGCUGUAUGUUCUCUGCGUGCUGCUCAUGGGGAGACAGAGGAAUCAGGUCCAUAAAAUGAUAGCAGAGUUCAAACUGAUUCCUGGCCUCAAUAACUUGUUUGACAAACUGAUCUGGAGAAAGCAUUCGGCGUCGGUCCUGGUUCUGCAUGGACACAAUCAAAAUUGUGAUUGUAGCCCAGACAUUACUUUAAAGAUACAGUUCUUGCGGCUUCUCCAGAGCUUUAGUGAUCACCACGAGAACAAGUAUCUCCUUUUGAACAGCCAAGAGCUGAAUGAGCUGAGUGCGAUCUCCCAUAAAGCCAACAUCCCUGAAGUCGAUGCAGUUGUCAACACGGACAGGAGUCUUGUGUGUGAUGGGAAAAGAGGUUUGUUGACUAGACUGCUUCAGGUCAUGAAGAAGGAACCAGCUGAAUCCUCCUUCAGGUUUUGGCAAGCAAGGGCAGUUGAAAGUUUCCUGCGAGGCACCACCUCCUAUGCAGACCAGAUGUUCCUGCUGAAGAGAGGACUCCUGGAGCAUAUUCUCUACUGCAUCGUUGACAGCGAGUGCAAAUCACGAGAUGUGCUCCAGAGUUACUUUGACCUUCUGGGAGAACUGAUGAAAUUCAAUAUUGAUGCGUUCAAGAGGUUCAACAAGUACAUCAACACUGAUGAGAAGUUCCAGGUAUUUUUAAAUCAGAUCAACAGUUCCUUGGUUGACUCCAACAUGCUUGUUCGCUGCAUUACGCUGUCCCUGGACCGAUUUGAGAAUCAGUCUGAUGCUAAAGUUGCAGAAGUCCUGUCAGAGUGCCGCCUGUUAUCCUACAUGUCCCAGAUGUCCAUGAGAAUGUCCUUUCUUUUCCGUCUCAUUAAUAUUAUUCACGUACAGACACUUACACAGGAAAACGUCAGUUGUUUGAACACAAGUUUAGUUAUCCUAAUGCUGGCCCGAAGGAAAGAAAAGCUCCCUUUUUAUCUGCGCACUUUGCAACAGAUGGAAUAUACAGAAAAAUACCCGGGCUUCAUCCUGAACAACUUCCACAGUCUCCUGCGAUUCUGGCAGCAGCAUUACCUCAACAAGGACAAAGACAGCACCUGCUUAGAAAAUAGCUCAUGUAUUAGUUUUACCUACUGGAAAGAGACUGUAUCUAUACUGCUCAGUCCAGACCGGACGUCCCCCUGUGCCAUAGUUAGCUACAUCGACGAGGCUUAUAUGGACAUUGACAGAGACUUUUCCGAGGAGUAAUUCUUCACUCUGGCUUCUGAUGGACAGCGCUUGGAGGGUACCUCGCAGCCCGUGGAUUUUCAGGGAUACGCUGUGUAGUGUGUGUGUGUGUGUGUGUGUGUGUGCAGCUUGGACACCGUGGAGCGUUAACUGCAUUGUCCAAACCCCAGCCCCCUCCCUGUCCCCCGUCUCUCAUCUCUGACGGAUGAGACUUUGAGAGCUCUCUGGGCAGCACAUUCAGGGAUGUAUCUUCCGGUCGUUUUGGGAUAAAAAUACUCACCUGCAAAAUACCAGCCUCUUUAUUUUUUUUUUUUUUUUUUCCCCCCUCUCCUGGUCUGAGGGGGCUGGUCAGAGAUGGUUUUUUGCUGACAGAGGAGGAUACUCUGUAUGUGCCAAUUUCGUCGUGGCUGCUUUUCGUGGCUACCAGAAUUAGCAAGUCAAAAAGCACAGAAAUUGCCCUCCAAAUGUGAGGUCUGACGGGGAGCCCGCCGUGCCAGCCCCCUGCAGAGCCAGGGAGAGGACUCAACUCUUCUGUCGGGGUUUGGAAUCGGGGGGUCGGGGUUGGUGGGAGUGUGAGUGUGUGCACGUGUGUGUGUGUGUGUGUGUGCUUUCAAUUCCUGAGAGCCCCAGCUCCCGUCACCUCUUCACCACCUACUUUUUGGAUCAUUUGGUACUAAAUCCGUCUGUCCGUGCGCUAGGAGAGAGCCUCUGCUCCUGCUGUCCUUCCUGCAGCUCCUCCCCACCCCGAGGCGUUUUGCGGCGCUGCGGAGAACAGAGACGUUUGGGCAGCGGUGGGAUUGCAACAGGGGUUGGCUUUUUCACGGAGCAGUAGCAUUAAAAUGUACUAAUUUUUUAUUUUUUUCUUUUCCAACUUGCGGCUUGUCCCUUCUUGGGUAACUAAUCUGGUUUUAAAAUCCUUUUCAGGACCAUUGCUCUUGAUGCUGACCUGCUAUGCCUGGAGUCCCCUGUCAGUCUCUGCUUUCAGUCUUUAAUAUCAACACACACAUUCAUUUUGAAGUGCAAUAUUUACUGGAGAUGUCAGGUUUUGUUUCUUUUUCCUGGAUCUAUUUUAAUCACCAUGUGUUAAACGCUAGGAAUAAACACUCCUGGUUGAAAGGAACUUUGUAGGAUAUUGUUGGGAAAGGGGGAAUGGGGUUUUGGCAGUCCUGCUGGCCAAACCUACGUUGCUCUGAGACGGUCAGAUUCCCAGGAAUGAAAUCCAGCCUGAAGUCCUGAGCCACUGCAUUUAAGUCAAAAAAAAAUACAUGUCUUGCAGCUCCAGCUAAAGAAACCGGUUUUCUUUGAAACAUGCAUCUGAAUUUUUUUAUGUUUUCUUAACUUAUUUGAUGAGAUGACUUGACUUGGGCUCUGUCCAGGCUCCGGAGAGAGCCCAGGGGUGAGGGUGGCCCAGAGCUGUGGUGUUCUGUCUCUGAUCUUUGCCAGCAGAACGAGACCUGCUCUGAGGGUCCUUCCCCUGGGACCUGGAUGAUCAGAGGAGGCUUCCAGCCCCGGCUGCAGGACUUGCUCUCUACAAGUCACCCUUUUCUUCUCUCGCUGAUCUCACACUCGGGUGUCCUGCUGUGGGUUUGCAGUCAGCCCUUUGCUUGCGGGAUGGUCAGAGCUUCUGUGCAGACCUGGAGCCUCAUGGGAGCUCCUGGGGACCCUUGUGUCUCUCCUGGGGGGAUCACAUCUCUACCCAACUCCCGUGAGGUUGCCCCGGUGGCACCCCCUGUGUCAGGGAGCUCCUCCUUGGGCAGCUGCAACUUUCUGUUCUUCAUCGGGUCACCUCCACCCGCCCCCUCCCUCCCCUCAGCUAAUUUCUUUCUCAUCUGUACUUUUUUUUUUUUUUGCUCUUGGGUAUUUGUGUUUUUGGUGUAUCUUUGCUUCUUCUUAUCUGUAAUAGAUGUACACUUCAAAAUAAAUGCUUCAAAUUAAAAAGGCUUUUAAGUUAA